UUAAUUAUGCCCUGGAAUUUUGCUCCAAAUUUACCCAAUGCUGUAUUUUGGUUUGGUGCCGCAGCCAGUGUAUGCACUAAAUGUUUUAAUUUUCCUGUACUUUUAACUAGGAUCCUUAUUGUGCAACUAAAACGAUUCUGGUUCGACUAUGAAACACUAGAAACUGAGAAAUUGUAUGAAGAAGUGGAGGUUUCUUUGUCUCUUACUGUGUCACCUUACUGCACAGAAAGGACAAGUCUUCCACUGCCAAGGCCAGAAAUGGAUAGUAAUGUCAAAGAGAAAAAAACCAAGAUAUCAAGGAAAGCAAUGAAAAAGUCUACAAAAGAGGACAAGUUCCAGUCCUACAAUCUUGUGAGCAUAGUUAAUCACAUUGGUGAUGGUGCAGAAGAUGGUCAUUAUGUCUCUGAUGUAUAUGAUGACAAAACAAAAACUUGGCUGACAUAUGAUGAUUCUGAUGUAAAUGAAAUGGACCCGGAAGCUAUGCUGGCUACAAGAGCCUAUACUGGCUACCUUUAUUUUUACAUCCACAAAUCAUUUCUGAAUGUGAAGUGAAAAGGAUUUAUAGUAUAUAUUGGGAAGAAUGCACAUUUCCUGAUCAGGAUAUUAUUGGAAGCCCAGUCUGAAGACCAGUUAAGGGGCCUGUUUAAGAAACAGUGAGACGUCUUCUGAAUACGUUUAAGUGGGCUAUAUCAACAUUCUAGCCUGUCUGUAGAAUUGAAGAUUUCCUGCUCUACCACGCUACAGUCUUCAGUAAAAGAAAACCACAGGCACCAUAGCAGAUUAAUUGAGUCCUGAAAACAUCUAAAGCUCUAGACCCAGGGGCUAUUCUGCCAUGAGGCAAAGUGAAAACUUUGCCUUAGGUAGCACUCCUGCAAGGGCGGACUAUUACUGCCCGCAGGAAAAGUUAUAUACUGUACUUUAAAGUUGGAAGCGAGAACAAUUUGCCCCUGGGGGGUGGAGGUGGGUUUAGAGCAUCCAAAGGAUGAUCAGGCUUUGUUGUCUCAGGUGGAAAUAUGUCCCUUGUAUGGGAAUUUUUAAACUAUUUUACAGCCAAGCAACAGUUGUUAAUAAAUAGACAGCCCUUCAUGGCAAUAGUAUUAACAACAUUGCUUGGUCACUAGCUUUAUUUUAUUUGUCUACAGAUAUUUUUUAUUCCGUGAUGACAAAUAAAGACUUCUUAGAAUCUAA